CGAUGUGACAGGUGGUAGCUAACUAUUUUAUUACAUGUGUGCAAAUAACGAAGAAUUGGAUUUUAAUGUAAAUAUAAGCAGUAAGUUUUACUGAUUCGUCUGGGUCAUUGAUUAGUCCGACAAAUUCACAUCCUGCAUUCAUAUCAAGUGAUUAACUUCAAAUAAGCCAAACCAAUAGAAUGACAAGUGAAAGCAAGCGAGUUAUUUUGGCCUACAGUGGAGGAUUGGAUACUUCUUGCAUACUAGUUUGGCUCAUUGAAGAAGGUUAUGACGUUAUCGCGUUCUGUGCAGAUGUUGGACAGGAAGAAGACUUUGAAGCAGCAAAGGAAAAGGCAAAAAAACUUGGAGCAAAAAAGAUGAUAGUUGCUGAUGUCAGCAGAGAAUUCGUAACAGAUUUUAUAUGGCCUGGUAUUAAAGGCAACGUAACUUAUGAAGAUCGAUAUCUCCUUGGUACCGCUUUAGCUAGACCAUGUAUUGCCAAGGCAAUGAUUAAGGUAGCAAAUGAAGAAGGAGCUCAAUACAUUUCCCAUGGUGCAACUGGAAAAGGAAAUGAUCAAAUACGAUUUGAAUUAGCAGCUUAUGCAUUACAUCCUUCCAUAAAGGUUAUUUCUCCAUGGAGAAUGCCAGAGUUUUUCAAUAGAUUCAAAGGACGUAAAGAUUUAUUUGAAUAUGCAAAACUUCACAAUAUUUCACUCCCAGUAAACCCUAAAGCACCAUGGAGUAUGGAUGCAAACCUAAUGCAUAUAAGCUAUGAGUCUGGCGUUUUAGAAAACCCUAAUACAGAAGCUCCAAAAGAUAUGUAUCAAAUGACAACAGACCCUGAAAAAUCUCCAGAUGAGGCAGAUAUUUUAAGCAUAGAUUUCGAAAAUGGAGUACCAGUAAAAGUGACUAAUCAGAAGACAAAUGAAUCCAUGACUGAUCCUUUAGAACUUUUCAUUUAUCUUAACAAAAUAGGAGGUAAACAUGGAGUAGGUAGAAUCGAUAUUGUCGAAAACAGGUUUAUUGGAAUGAAAUCAAGAGGCGUUUAUGAAACUCCAGGCGGUACAAUACUUUUAGUAGCACACACGGAUAUAGAAGUUUUUACAAUGGACAGGGAAGUAAGAAGAAUAAAAAGAGACCUUGAUAUCAAGUUUGCUGAUCAAGUAUACAGAGGGUUUUGGUUUAGUCCUGAAUGUGAGUUUACACGUACGUGCAUACAGAAAAGCCAGGAUGGUGUAACAGGUUCUGUUAACCUUAAAAUCUACAAAGGUUGUGUCUACGUUCUUGGGAGAACGUCACCAACAUCUCUAUAUAAUGAGGAAUUAGUCAGUAUGGAUGUUCAAGGUGAUUAUGAACCAACAGAUGCUACCGGUUUUAUCAAGAUAAAUGCUUUACGUCUUCGAGAAUUCCAGCGCCUUAGAAGUUUGUCGAACAAAUAACCAGCAUAAAUUAUUCAUUCGUGUGUGUUUUUAAAUGACAUAAUUCUUAUUCUUAGUAUCAAUAACUUCAAACCAAGAUAAACUUGUAGUCUCGUUAUGUGUAUUAUAUUAGCUUAUCAUAGUUAAAAUAGUAAAAUUUGAAAUAAAAUUAGAUUCGUAUAUCAA